GGUAAUCAGGAGAGCCAAUAAAAACCGGGCAGUUUUAAGACCCUACCGAGCCGACGCCCGCGCUGCGACCCCGCAGGCUACCUCACCCGUGUCGCGCGCUGCCGCUACUGGCGGGGCGUGCGUGUGCGUGACAUGCUCUCAAGGUUCAGCGAGAUGAAAACGAUGCAGGAGCAAACAUUUUGACAAGGGCAUCGCGCAUUGGAGCAUUGGAUUCAUAGCUUUGUCACCGGCAAAAUGGCCAAAAAUACAUCCUUAUAUUUUCGCAUUGUCGAGGGCAGGAACCUCCCAGCCAAAGACGUGUCUGGAACCAGUGAUCCAUACUGCAUAGUGAAAGUUGAUAAUGAAAUUGUGGCCAGGACUGCUACUGUGUGGAAAAAUCUUAAUCCUUUUUGGGGUGAAGAGUACACGCUGCAUCUCCCAAUGGGUUUCCAUUCCCUCUCCUUCCAUGUCAUGGAUGAGGAUACGAUUGGCCAUGAUGAUGUUAUUGGAAAGAUUUCGCUCACCAAAGAAGCCAUCGGCUCUCAAGCUAAAGGGCUGGACAGUUGGAUAAACCUGACAAGGCUCGAUCCUGAUGAAGAAGUCCAGGGGGAGAUCCACCUGAGUCUUCAGCUGUUGAAGCACACAGAGAAGAUUGUCCUGCGAUGUGAUGUCGUUGAAGCCAGAGACCUGGCUCCUAGAGACAUUUCUGGAACCUCCGAUCCAUUUGCAAGAGUUAUUUACAACAACCACAGUGCAGAGACCUCGAUUAUUAAGAAAACCCGUUUCCCUCACUGGGGAGAGACCCUGGAGCUGGACUUGGAUCCUCAGGAGCUCAGUGAGGAGGGGGCUAUUGUUGUGGAGGUCUGGGACUGGGACAUGGUGGGAAAAAAUGACUUCCUGGGAAAGGUGGAAAUCCCUUUUGCUUGUUUGCGUAAGACCUCUCUGUUAGACAGCUGGUUUCGUUUGCUACCCUUGGGAAACAAUGAGGUGGAUGUGGGUGGCAAGUUGGGAGCACUGCGUCUGAAGGUGCGUUUGGUUGAGGAUCAGAUUUUGCCAUCUAUGUACUAUCAGCCCCUCAUUGACCUUUUGGUUGAGUCAGUCAUCUCCCCUGCUGAGGUGGAGGACAGCAGUGCGCUGACCAUGCUGGAGGAGGUGACCACAGUUGAGAGCCGACAAGACGUGGCCAUGACCUUGGUGAAGAUCUACUUGGGUCAAGGCCUGGUGGUUCCUUUCUUAGAUUAUCUAAACACCCGGGAGGUCAACCACACAACUGAUCCAAACACUCUUUUCCGCUCCAACUCUCUUGCUUCCAAAGCCAUGGAGCAGUUCAUGAAGGCUGUUGGCAUGCUGUAUUUACAUGAAGUACUGAAGCCCAUCAUCAACCGCAUCUUUGAUGAGAAGAAGUACAUUGAACUGGACCCGUGUAAGAUUGACCUGAACCACACAAGACGGAUUUCAUUUAAAGGUGCAGUGUCAGAGGCAGAGGUGCGGGACAGCAGUGUGGAGAUGCUGCAAAGCUACUUAAGCAGGAUCAUUGAAUCAAUCGUGGGCUCGGUUGAGCAAUGCCCUCCUGUCAUGAGAGUGGCCUUCAAACAGCUGCACAAGCGUGUUGAGGAGCAGUUUGCUGAACCUGAAAAUGAGGAUGUGAAAUAUCUCGCCAUCAGUGGAUUUUUUUUCCUACGUUUUUUUGCUCCUGCAAUCCUCACACCUAAACUGUUCCAGCUGAGGGACCAGCACGCUGAUACACGUACAAGCAGGACACUGUUACUGCUGGCCAAGGCAUUACAAAGUGUGGGGAACCUGGGCCUUCAGUUAGGUCAUGGAAAAGAGCAGUGGAUGGCGCCUCUCCAUCCCAUCAUCCUUCGCAGUGUGGCCUCUGUCAAGGACUUCCUCGACAAGUUGAUUGACAUCGAUCAUGACAUUGUGUCUGAAAUGCCACAGAGGGCUGUGUUCCUCCCCUCAGUCAUCGUCAAAGAAGGUUACCUCCACAAACACAAGGCUGAAGGAGCUCAACUUCUAUCUCGCUUUGCCUUCAAGAAACGCUACUUCUGGUUAACGAGUGAGACCCUAUCUUACGCCAAGGCACCUGAUUGGCAGGUGCGCUCCUCAUUGCCCAUUCAUUGUGUGUGCGUGGUGGAGAGGGUGGACGAAAACGCCUUCCAGCAGCAGAAUGUAAUGCAGGUCAUCACCCAGGACGAUGAUGGGCAGCUGCACACCAUGUACAUCCAGUGCAAGAAUGUGAAUGAGUUGAACCAGUGGCUGUCGGCCAUCAGGAAAGUCAGCAUCUACAAUGAGCGCAUGCUGCCCUCCUUCCAUCCAGGGACAUAUCGGGGUGGCAAGUGGACGUGCUGUCUGCAGACGGACCGCGCUGCUCCAGGCUGCAGUAGAACCCACUCAGCUGUGACUCUGGGGGACUGGAGUGACCCCCUUGAUCCCGAUGUAGAGACUCAGACCAUUUACAAGCAGCUUCUCCAGGGGAGAGACAAACUAAGGAAAAAACAUCUUCCAGAGGCUGAUGCAGAUCAAAUGGCCGACAACUCUGACAUCAACCCAGAUGGUGCAGAAUGUAACCAAGUGAAGCCGGGUCAGGGCCUUGCUUCUCGCCUCUUAGCGGUGAUUGAGGAUCUAGAAGAGGCUCACGCAAGCUUCCAGCCCAGAGAAGAGGACUCCUCCACCAGUGUGAUUGUGAACGCUUAGACCGGACUGGGGCAGGGAUUCCCAUGAAUCUUUCUCAGGCACCAGUGUCACUUGGGGGUGGUGAUGGAGGAAAAAUGGAUGCAGGGUGCGUCCUUUGUAGUGUUUUUUUCCCCACUAUGUAGGCCAUGCUUUGUAUUCUGUGAGUGCCACUGACUUGAACAAUGCAGCAGACAAUUUCUGAAAGGGAUUUCAUGUUUUGUUACGUGUCGCAUGGCCUGCAACCUCUUGUGGUCAAAUGUGAAAAGAAGCUUUUAUAUUUGGACAUUUUGUACAGGACACCCACCGUAUCACACAUUUUAUGCAAACGCUUCUUGUAAUGUGAGCUUCACUUUUUUUUUUUUAAUACAAGUAUAUUGCUUUUU